CCAUUGCCGUUCCAGGCGUAAAAUUGGAAGCCAGUGAAAGCGUCGAGAUCAGAAACACUUCCGAUGGAGCCUGUCGUGUACGAAUCGCAAGAUUUGGCAAGGAAGACGUUGGUGUGUACAUGUGCGUGGCGAAGAAUCCUCUUGGUGUUGCCGACACAAGAUCGACGUAUUCUGUUGAAGGCGAGUGA